CAAAGUUCGUGUGCAUUUUGUCGAGUCUGCCAUGUUUUGUCCUAUUUGUCGCGUUUGAUCAACGCGUUCGCGUUUAUUGUUCCAAACUGUUAUUUUCUGAAUGUAUUGCGGGCUGUGUAUUGUUUACAAAUAGUGUAGUUAAUGAUGUUAUAAUAUUGUGACACUUUGGCUCAAUCAAUCACUUUGAUGCUUGUGUGUGCGACUAUGUAAUUCGUUUUUCAUCAAAUUUUGGAAUCUUUCACCAGCUCGUUGGUGUGUCUUUUCAAUUAAUUCCGUCGCGUCUUUACUAUUCAUUCUGAUAGGUUGCAGUGAUUUCAUAAUAUUUUGUCAAUUGUGUGACGCAACCCACGUGCACACAAUACAGCAAGCAUCUCAUGCACAUUUGUUAUUAUUUUGUUCGUGAGUCCGCGAAGCUGUCGGUGUAUCGUUGAAAGGAAAUUGGAUCGUCGGUCCCGUUCGCUCGCGGCGCGUUGCAAAUUCAUUUUGUGAUCUAACGGUGAUCGCCUUGGGUUGUGCAUUUGGUGCGCGAGGAUUGCGUUUGUUGUGCGGUUCGGUGCAGCGCACACGUGACACCGGACGAGUGUUUGGGUGUCAGUUGGCUGCGGUUCGCGGGCGCACGCAAACAGGCCGCCUGCAGUGCGGAGCGCGGCGGGCGUCAGAGGUGAAUCACCGCGGUGUGCCGUGUCGGUCGUGUUUACCCGCGAGUGCAUCCACUAAGUGCGGAAGUGCAUACGGCAUGUGCGGCGCGCCUAGCCGAUGAGACCGCGGCGACGGCGUCUAGGCGCGAGUGAGUGAGCUAUGCUGCUUGGGUUAUGAGUGUGUGACAAAAGUUGUAGUGCUGAGGACACUGGAGCCCCUAGACGGAGUUGGGCCCGCCGGGGCGGCCCUGGUGCUUCUCGGGGCUCCGCACGAAGGCAAAAUGGCAGCGUGGAACCGCCAUCACCACUUCAGUAUGCUCAUGGACGAGAAUGCCAAAAAUAAAUUGGGCGUCGUCGGCGGCGGUAUGCCGGAGACCGGCGCGGGGGAGCGGCGCCACGUGCCCCUGUACGGGAGGCUGGUGGCCGAGGAGCAACUCGCUUCCAUGAGCGCGCCCUCCGACAUUCAGGUGAGCGCGCCGACCCGGGCGUUCUGCCGCUUCUGCGCCUCCCAGGCUAUGCAAGCCCGAAUACCACACCACUUUCGAGACCCCUCAACGGCGCCGCUACGGAAACUCAGCGUAGAUCUCAUCAAAACAUACAAACACAUAAACGAGGUUUACUACGCGAAGAAAAAACGGAGAGCGCAGCAGUACCUCGGCGAGGAUGGGUCGCACAAGAAGGAGAGGAAGCUGUACAACGACGGCUACGACGACGACAACCAUGACUACAUCAUCAAGCAGGGCGAGAAGUUCCUCGACCGGUACGAGAUCUCCUCGCCUAUCGGGAAAGGAUCAUUCGGACAGGUUGUGAAAGCGUAUGACCACGAGGAACAGUGUCAAGUAGCGAUAAAAAUAAUUAAGAAUAAGAAACCCUUCCUAAACCAGGCACAAAUAGAAGUCAAGUUACUAGAAAUGAUGAACAGGGCAGACGCUGAAAAUAAGUAUUAUAUAGUGAAACUGAAACGCCACUUUAUGUGGCGGAACCACCUGUGCCUAGUGUUUGAGCUGCUCUCGUACAAUCUGUACGACCUGCUGCGCAACACCAACUUCCGCGGCGUCAGCCUCAACCUCACGCGCAAGUUCGCGCAGCAGCUCUGCACGGCGCUAUUGUUCCUUAGUCAACCUGAACUAAAUAUAAUUCACUGUGAUCUUAAACCAGAAAAUAUACUACUAUGCAACCCGAAAAGGUCAGCGAUUAAAAUCGUCGACUUUGGAAGUUCGUGUCAACUAGGUCAAAGGAUAUACCAAUACAUCCAGUCGAGGUUCUACAGAUCACCGGAGGUUCUGCUCGGUAUCCCGUACGACCUAGCGAUAGACAUGUGGUCGCUUGGUUGCAUACUGGUCGAGAUGCAUACGGGCGAGCCUCUGUUCAGCGGCGCCAACGAGCUCGACCAGAUGAACAAGAUCGUCGAGGUGCUGGGCAUGCCGCCUGAUCACUUAUUGGAUCAGGCACACAAAACAAGAAAAUUCUUUGACAAAUUACCGGCGUCCGAGGGCGGCGGCUACGUACUGAAAAAAGUCAAUGGCAAAGACGGCACGUACAGAAAGUACCGAGCGCCAGGCACGCGGCGACUGCACGAGAUCCUCGGGGUGGAGGGCGGCGGGCCCGCGGCGCGGCGGCGCGGGGAGCCCGGGCACUCCGUCUCUGACUACCUCAAGUUUAAGGAUUUAAUCCUACGUAUGCUCGAGUACGACCCAAAGCAACGCGUGACGCCAUACUACGCGUUACAACACAACUUCUUCAAGCGCACGGCAGACGAGUCCACCAACACGCAGCAAGCGCAGUCGCAUCAUCAGCACGGGCGGCUGUGGGGCGGCGCCGAGCGCAUGGAGGUGGAGGCGGUGCGGCGCGAGGACGAGCUGCUGGCGCCGACCGCCGUGUGCCACACGCACAGCCCCGUGGCCAUCCACUAGCGCGCCGGCCCGCCAGGGCGAUGCCAUCUCUAGCUAAAUGACCUUGUGAUACUAGCCGAGCGUGUAGCGAGCGAACCACCACCACCCGAGGCGGACGUUCCCGCGCGUCUCCCGGAGACGACCAGUGCUCAAAUUAAAGUGUUUAAAUGGUUGUGUGUGUCGUUACUGUAUUGACGAAUACGAAUUUUAGUUAAAUACGGUGAGCCGUUAAGUUAUAGUGUGUGCGUGGUCGCCGGAACGGUUCCGAGCUCGAUCAGACAAUGUGACGUGACGCUACGUUAGCUCGGCGACGUGGGUGAGAGUUGGUGUAGUAUAAGUAAAGUUGAAUCGCUCUAUAUAUUAGUGCGAGAUAUAGAGAGCUGCGCUGGCUGCCGGCGUUAGUGAAUAUUGUAGAGAAAUCGGGACACCUCGGCGUUGGACUAGAAUCCUAGUACAAUCUGUGGACUCUCAGGACUCUUGGACUGAAUCCAUAUUUAUAGUUAUAUAUUUUUAUUUAAUGCUAUAAGUCUGACUGUAAAGAAAAUAUUAUGGUGACGAUUUGUUACUUUGUAACAUGUAUUGUAUUAUUUGUUCUUAAUUGCUUCACCGUACUUAGAGAAGGUUCAGAAUGAUCACGUAUGAUCCUUUCACCACAUCCGGAUGCAUCAAGUGCAUGAAAGCUAGGUUUUUUUAUUGUUACGCAAUGCAUAUCAAGGACGCAAUAUGGUAGAAAAUAAAUAUUGUAUAUAAAUUAGGAAACCGACUAAAUACAGACUGCAAAUUAAACUGGAUAAUCAAUAGUUUAGUUACGAUCUAUGCUAGUUAAGCUUUCAUUCAGUUUUAUUAUUAUGCAAGCUUUAUAAUUUUAAAGUGUCGGCAACUGAUGACUGAAAUUCAAAGGGCCAACAAAAUUUCCUUUAUAUCGUUGAAAUAGACACGACGUAUUUUACUUAAAUCUUUACCUAUAUUUUGUAAUGCACAAACUGAUUGGAUCUGUCAGAUGUAAUAUGGUGUAUCAAACUAUGCCCUCGCAUUUCAGAGUUGUAUAAAUAUUAACUUUUCUUUUAAAUCUCAAUUACCACAUGAAUAUUGUGUUAAAACAUAUUAUGGGUUAUUUUUACCCACUGAAAUAUACAGAAGACGUGUAAAACUGAAAAUAGUGUAUAGGUAAUAAAAAAACACAAAAUGUACUUGUAGGUUACGAGAAUGUUGAAUCAUAUAUAAAAAUUUGGGUAUUUCAGAUAGGAGAUAAUAAAAUUGAAUUACUGACUUGUUCAACCUUUUUGGAUUUGAAUCUACAAUAGACUAACCUCAUUGCAACAGACUGGAUGAAACUUUGUAACGGAGAUAUUUUGUAUAGAGUACACUGAAUCACUGCCUUAUUGUGCCGGAAAUUUUUAUGAUAACGACCCCUGCUCGUGCUAUGUGUCUCUGUCCGCUGUAAGCUCCAAUCGUUUGCCAAGCGGGUGCCGCGGCCGCGCCUCAGCAAGGAGCCACGACAAUAGCUCUAUUUAUUAGUCUGAAAGUUCCUAAAACCGAGUCUCAUUUACAUAUUAUGUGUUCAAUUAUAGUUUUAUUUUAUUUUUGAAAAGUUCAAGCCUAGGGAUUGUAUACAAGUUAGUGUCCUUACUCUGUGAUGGUAACAGAGAAAGUCCAUGGGAAAUAAAUAGCACGAGCCGAGGGCCAAGUGUUAGCAACGUUAUUCUGAACUGAUCGUGAUUUAACAAAUUAUUUUAUGUUCAAUUAUCGUUUAGUUGAAAUAACUAUGGACUGAAGUGACAAUGUUCAGAAUAAAGCCGCUAAAAUGACGUUGUAAAUGACAGCAGAUUUUUAUGUACUGCAAAAUAUUGCUGUGGAUUUUUUAUAAAACUUCCUCUUAGGAUUAUUUUUAAAAACACAUUGUAUGUAUGUUUGUAUGGUACAGCUAUUUUGUUUUUGGGUCAUGAAGCAUGAAAGUAUUUUUUUUAUUUUCACAUAGGUAUGGAAUUUUAUUUUUAAUUAUUUUCCAAUUUCAUUGUAGAUUUUAAUCUAUCCAAUGUCUAUUUUGUGCUGUAUUUUUUUUUAUAAUAUCAGUGUAAUAUUUACUGUAAUACUUUUCUGCUUCAUGGAAUUAUAGGAUGAUUAGGAGUGUAACAAAUAGGUGUGGAAACACGAUUUAUUUAAUAAUAUUAACAACUUGAAUGGGCAGAUUUCCCACUCAAUGUUCAAAGUAGUUAAAUUAAUUUUAUUCAUAAUUCAAAAAGUUCUGAAUACUAAUAUUGAAAUGUGAUAUUCAUGACUUGUUUGAUUUAAUUAUAAACUUGUAAUUGUAUUUUCUAUAAUUAAACUGCAUUGUCAUAUUGUUUAUAUUUUUAAUUAUGAUACUUAUAAUAGUUUUGUUACAUUUACUGUCAGAGGUAUGAAACUGCGGAAAUCUGCUCCAAAACUGUUAUAUUUUUCAUAACAGACUAGUCGAAAUAUACCGACCUAUUUGAAUAGCAACUAAUUCCACUCAAGGAUGGCCCUAGGUGUUUGCGCUUGAGUAUGUAAUAUACUGUACUAUUUAUUUGUUCUGACAGUAUGGAACAUAGUGAGACGUGUGAAGUGACAAGCUGCGAGGAGCUAAAAUGUUUAUUUCCUAUCGAAUUGUCAGUUCGCAGGCACUGUAACAAUAAAAGGAUAGAGCUUUAUGUCACUAAGUUUUGUAUUUUAAAUCAAUAAACGAUAGCAAUGA